AUGGGGAAAUAUAGGAAAAGAUUUAAUGAGAAGGCGAGGUCUGGAAUGCUUGCAAAGCAAGCUGCGUUGAAACGGGCCAGAAAUAAGCAAUUUUUCCAGGAAAAACAAGAGCAAGACAACGCGACAGAAGACGCAGAGACACCACCACCACCACCAGUUGAAGCUUCCCUAAUUAACCGCGCUGAAGACUCCAAUGCAGAGAUAUUGAAGCCGGUGUCGGAAGAAGAACGUCUAGCGAGGAAGAGAGCCUUGGAGUCGAGCUUGUUCUCGGUGAAUGAGAAAGAGCAGAAAAUAUCGCGAGCAAAGAAGAAGCGGUUGGAUAAGUACAUCGAGCACCAGCUCAAGCGUGAAGAAAAGAAGAUUCUACUAGAAAAGCUAGCGGAGACCAAGAUGGAUACCAGCCACUUGUCAGCUUUGAAGGACUUGGGCAAGGGGAAGCUUACAAAGAAGGAGGAGAUGGUGGAAGCUUUGGAGUUGGAGCGACAAGGCAGAGGAGACGAGAGAACAAGAGAGAUUCUAUAUGAGCCGAGAGAGGCCCAUAUUAUGGACGAUGUACCUGGUGAAAAUAAAGAGAUGAUAAACCAUAAUAAUUAUGAAGAUGACGCUCAGGAUAAGGAAGAAUUUCUGCCGAAGGAUCGGCCGUCAUCUACCUUUGUUGAUUUUCGACCUGCCAAGUUUGGCGGAGCAGGAUCAGGAUUUGGGUUCAAGAACAUUCCCGUCAUCAAAAGAGACACUGAAGCAUCCAAAAAAAAGUACAAUUGGAGAAAAAAGUUGGAUCUCGAGAAGAACAAGUUUGUGAAACAAGAGGACUUGGAUGAUUUUGCUAGUUCGGAGGAGGAUGAAGAGGAGGAAGAGGAAAGUGAAGAAGGUGAAGAUGAGCCAAGCGUGGGUGAUAAUGACGAAGACGAAGAUGAGGAAGAGGAAAGUGAAGAAGAAAGUGGAGAAGAAAGUGAUGAAGAAGAAGAAGAAGGAGAAGAAGAUGAUGAUGAUGAUGAUGAAGAGGAACCAGAACAGUCCAAGCUUAUGAAAAGCAAGCCAGGACUUUCAACUAUAGCAAGCUCGUUUAAAGAAUGGGCCGAGCAACAGAUUCGAGUCGCAGAGGGAAGAGAAAACAUCCCGCUUCGACCGGAGGUCUCGCAAGAGGUGAAACAAAAGUACUCGACGCCACAGGUUAGAGAAGGUGACGUUGAGCGUCUCUCAGACGAGGAAGGCUACAUACCGAUCCAAGAAGAUCUCAAGAGGGACGCGUUUGUGGUGAACGUGCACCGUUCGCAAGACAUUCAGAACGAAAGAUCGUCGUUACCUGUUUUCGCAGAAGAACACAAAAUCAUGGAGGCUGUCUAUCACCAUGACUGCAUUAUUCUAUGCGGUGAGACAGGUUCGGGGAAAACCACCCAGGUUCCACAGUUUUUGUAUGAGGCUGGGUUUGGCAAUAAAGGGAAUAAACUAUACCCGGGAAUGAUUGGGGUGACGCAACCGCGAAGAGUGGCCGCGGUAUCGAUUGCAAGGAGAGUUGCCAAUGAGUUGGGAGACCACGGUUACAGAGUAGGGUACCAGAUCAGGUUCGAUGCCACCAUCAAAGAUGAAGGUUCUGAAAAUGGCACGGCGUUGAAGUUUAUGACUGACGGUGUGCUUCUUCGGGAGAUGAUGACUGACUUUUUGUUGACCAAAUAUUCUGCCAUCGUGAUCGAUGAAGCACACGAGAGGAAUAUAAACACCGACAUUCUCCUCGGGAUGUUGACUAGAGUAUUGAAACUACGCAGGAAAUACCACACUCAAGAACCAGCCAAGUAUAAGCCUUUAAAGUUGAUUAUAAUGUCGGCUACUUUGAGAGUUUCAGAUUUCUCUGAAAACUCAACACUUUUUGCUAAACCACCACCAAUCAUUGACGUCCAGGCUCGACAGUACCCGGUCUCGGUCCAUUUCAACAAAAAGACUCAAUUUGAUUACGUCGAUGAAGCGUUCAAAAAGGCAUGCAAGAUUCACAAGAAGUUGCCACCUGGUGGAAUAUUGAUAUUUAUGACUGGCCAGUCGGAAAUUACCACGUUGGUACGUCGAUUGCGUAACGAGUUUGCACCCAAAGAGGACCAUACCUCUGCCGAUGACGCUUCUUCAAUCGAAUGGUCGGAAAAUAUUCAGCAGGAAGUGGAAGAUGUCGAAUUCAGUGUGGACAUGACUGGCGAGCAGUUGCAAGAUGACUACGGUGAAGAAGAAGAAGAAGAGCAGGAGGAAGAAGAAGGAUUUGAAGAAGCACAGGAGGUGAAAGACUCCGAGGUUGGUCCCCUCCAUGUCUUACCAUUGUACUCCCUUUUACCCACGAAGCAACAAAUGCGAGUUUUUCAAGAUCCUCCUGCAAAUAGUAGACUCUGUGUUGUGGCCACAAAUGUUGCAGAGACAUCCUUGACCAUUCCCGGAAUCCGGUAUGUGAUUGAUUGCGGACGUUCAAAGGAAAAAAAAUACAACGAGGAGAAUGGGGUACAGUCGUUCGAAGUCGACUGGAUCUCAAAAGCAUCAGCCAACCAGCGUGCGGGAAGAGCAGGUAGAACAGGCCCCGGCCACUGCUAUCGCUUGUUUUCUUCUGCCGUUUUCGAAGAGUUUUUUCCCCAGUUCAGUGUUCCCGAAAUAUUGCGAACUCCAUUCGAAAGUAUCGUGUUGAGCAUGAAAUCGAUGGGAAUCGACCAUAUUGCAAACUUCCCAUUCCCAACUCCACCCGAUCGCAAGGCACUUCAAUCAGCAGAGCGCCUUCUUGUUAUGCUCGGCGCGCUAGAUGGUGAUCAAAAGCAAAUCACCGAGUUGGGAAGAAAAAUGUCGUGGUUUCCUCUCAGCCCUCGGUUUGCCAAAAUAUUAAUUAUUGGUAACCAGCAAGAAUGCUUGAGGUAUAUCAUCGCGAUUGUGUCCGCCUUGUCUGCGGGGGACCCUUUUAUCCCUGAGAAUGAGCUCACUGUUGACAUGGCUAACGACGAGGAACGAAAGCAGUUUCGAAGCAAAUAUUUCAGCUCGCGCGCAUCCUUGUCUAAGCUCGAUGCUGCCAGUGAAUGCAUGAUGUUGCUAUCUGCCGUCUGUGCCUUGGACCAUAUUCCAAAAGAAAAAGCCGGCGACUUUAUCUCGAAAAACUAUUUGCGGACCAAAGUGGUGGAGGAGAUUCAGAAAUUGCGGAAGCAAUUGACCCACAUCGUGGAAAAAUGCCUCAGGCUACCUGCAGAUGACAAGUUGAGUGACCAGAAAUUGCCCGUGCCGACAAAGAAACAAAUUGGAGCUAUAAAGCAAAUGAUUGCAUCUGGGUUUGUUGACCAAACCGCCAUUCGGGGAGAUUUGAUCUUGCCCGACGUCAAAGUUGGGGACAAGACCCGCGUUUCCAGGAUACCAUACUGUCCCGUGUUGCCAAUCAACACCUUUGACGACCCGUAUAUCUACAUCCACGCCAACUCGUUGUUGGCGCAAUCUGGCGAGAUGCCCAGCCCGUACAUUGUAUACCAGUCCUUAUCCACAAAGGGCACUUCAGGCGACGCGGAGCAGCAACAACAACAAAAAGUCAGGAUGAGACCUUUGGUCGGUAUAACUGGGAAGCAGUUGGCAAAUGUUGCCAAAAACUCAACAUUGAUAACGUAUUCAAAACCACUUGGCCAUCCAUAUGCGCCCAAAGCCCUCUCGCCAACAAAAAGGGAGUGCUACGUUGUUCCAAGAUUCGGAGCGAGCAUCGGAUCCGGCGGCGUCGGAUGGGAUCUUCCAGCUGUGAAGGUGAUCCAGGAGAAGAAGAAUGGAAGUUGGGCCAAUGUAUAG